AUGGGAGUCCCAGUUGCGGUGGAAAAGUCGGUCGGCCCAACAACAGUUACAACAGUUAGCACCAGAGGCGCAAGCGAGUCCAGAAUCAGUCCCGCCGGAGUUUUUACUGAUGAUCUGCAACAAGAGGCUAAUAGAUUGCUAGACAAUUCCCUUGCUGCUAAUACAAAAAAGGCAUACAUCGUUGGGUUAGAGAGAUUCUCUGAGUUUAAAAGGCAAUACGGCUUGUCAGAUGCCUGGCCGCCUACAGUUGAACAGGUGGUUCGAUUUGUAGCAUGGCUAUCCCUACAGAAACUAUCCCACAAAACAGCAAAAUCAUACUUAAGCUCUAUAGCUUUUCAUUGCAAGCUGCUUGAUGUUGUUGACCCUACCAAAAAGUUCAUUGUUUCAAAAAUGGUGGAAGGAAUGCAAAAAGAUAAGAAAACACACGAUACUAGGCUUCCAAUUACCCUCUCGUUACUGCAAGGGAUAGUAAGCAAACUUAAUAUUGUGUGUUCCAGUGUCUACGAAGCAAAACUGUUCACUGCAGCUUUUAUGCUAGCGUUUUUCGGUUUUCUAAGAGUUGGCGAAAUAGCUGUUCCUAAAAAAGGUGAUAGUAUUUUACAGGCAGCGGUGUUGGCAAUAGAAGAUUUACAAUUUGAUCACAAUGGGGUAAUCAUUUCAAUCCGGCAUUCAAAAACUGAUCAGUUGGGCAAAGGGGUAGCGCUCAAAAUUUCUAGGUCAAACAGUGAAUUUUGCCCAGUUGUGUGUCUUAACCAGUAUCUUCAUGUUCGUCCUCAAGGGCCUGGUCCCUUGUUUUUGCACUUUAACAAACAACCAAUUACUCGUUACCAAUUUUCUGCUAUUCUUAAGAAAACGGUUUCUCUUUUGGGUCUAAAUUAUGGGUCUUACAAAUCCCACUCCUUCAGAAUUGGAGCAGCAACUGCAGCUUCCCAACUAGGCUAUUCAGUGGAGAUCAUUAAACAGGCAGGCAGAUGGGCUUCCAAUGCCUACCAAACAUAUGUUCGUCCUGUUCCUGUUGUCAUGCCCAGCCUAAUAAAUAACCCCCAUUAAAAAGGUAUGGUUCAUAUAGUUAGAUUCAUGUGACUAACACAAACCAAGUUGUAUUUAGGGAAAACCAUCUGGAUACUGGGUUCAUCAAUAAUCAAGCAAGCCUUCAUAGCAGCAAGAUUACGACCUGAAGGGGCCAACCUCUGCCUUGAACCCAACAUCAUCUGGUGGCAAGGGUACAGUGGGUUAACACUUGCAGAAUCAAAGAAAAAAUUUCUUUCGCUUGCCAAUGUGGGUAAUUCUCCAGACUAUAUUGUGUUACAUUUAGGUGGUAAUGAUCUUGGUCGUCGGUCACUGGUGGACCUUCGAAAAUUGAUUGUCGAGCUAUUCAGGACUAUACUGUCUAUAUUUCCAAGUGUUAAGAUUGUAUGGUCUGCAGUGCUUCCAAGGUCAACCUGGAGAUAUUCUGAUAAUAAAGUUGCUAUGGACAAAGCAAGAAAGCGCCUUCAUAGUCAUGGUUCAUCUAGGGCUUUGGCAUGUGGAGGGCAUUACUUGGCCAACUCUGACUUUGGAAAAUUUGAGGAACAUUUGUGUGAGAAGGACGGAGUCCACUUGUCAACUCUGGGUACAGAUAUUUUUCUUUCUAAUAUGUCUGCAGGGCUUGAAAAAUUUAUAAAGCGUAAUACACCAAUCCAUUACUGAAGUUCUAGAUGCACAAAUUUGGGGGUUCUUACAAUUUUAAAUCCCAAACGUUAUGUAUGUUGGUGUUGCUAUUGAGUCCAAAAAUAGAUAUUUGCAGUUAGUUUGUAUGCAUAUUGUGGCGUCCGUCAGGAUGGGUUUAUUCGUUUUCUUUGUGAGUUAUAUUCUUACAACAAGACUGGCGGCAGUUUAAAUAAUAUAUUUAUUUAGUAGGUUUAAUAUGUUAUUGCAAAAUUAGACAAGUUUGGUGGACACUUUCUCGGAAAUACGUUACAAGUUAUUUUUAGUUACCCAAGAUGUUUUUACUCACUUAACUGCCCAGACAAGUGGAGCUACCAAGAUGGAAGUUGUGCUGUCAAAUUCAAAUUCUAGCGCCCUUAUAUACUUUCUGGAAAGUGCCCACGUGACCUUAACUGACCAAUGACCAUAUGACAGCCUGCCAGCAUAAUAACAAUAAACCAAUAGGAUUCUGACAGCUCGGGAAUCAUCCAAUCAGAAUCCGUCAGCCUGAGCUGUCAGAAUCCACAAUGAUGCUGGCAAAUUCUGUGUAAUAGCGGCCAUGACAGGUCAGAUUUAUGCAUAACAUUUACAUAAUAAUGCAUAAAUAUGGCUUGUCAAUAAACAACAGGAUCGAAAUGGAAACAAUACACAUAAUACUAAUAGUUCUGUUAGUGCAGUUAAUAAUUCGUGGUAUUACGGAAUAAGUCAUGGAAAUGAAAUGGAUUAUUGUGUUAAAAGGAUGUAAACAAUGGACAUUGCAAGCCUUACACGAAUAACAAGGUAAGUGCAAUUAUCAUCAUCAUCAUCAUAAUCAUUAGUAGUAUAACUUUGGAAACUGCAUUCCACGUAAGUAUAACAGUAAACAAUAAAGCAUUUAAGCAUAUAAUGGGUGUGGGGGUGGGUCAUUACAAUCGCCCCACCUUUCUAAAAUUAAAAUUCUCCUGAAUUUUGAUAGCUCAAAAGCAAACGUCAUGUGGUAGUUAUCACAUAAAAUAUACUGCAAUUCAAACUUAUUAUAAGACUAACAUUAAUUAACAAACGAACAUGAACAUUAGAAACAGUUGGUAAGUAGUUGUUAUCCAGUGCAUAUAACUUCCACCAAAUACCAUUAUGCCGUACUUAUUCACUCGGGGUAAUAAGUCACACUAAGAUAUUUUCAAUCUUACAAAGGUUCUUGUUUUGCAUUCAAUGGUUGUACACUACACAAUCAUUAUGAAAUAAUUACCCACACAGUAACGUAAUAGCGGUACAUUCAUAUCGCAAAUCCCUAGAAGGUUGGUGUGCACAGACAAUCCAACUAUUGAUUUUAACUUGAACAGCAACAACAAUAUCAGAUAACAAUACUGAACAUAAUAAAUUUUAAUUCGUUAUAAUUCGUGAAUACGUUUACCAAUUAUCGAUAAUACAGUGACUAUUAUCAAAUUUUAAACUUAACGCGUAAUCACACAAUUUAAGUUACCCCUCUGUUUCAGGUGUAAUUUAGAAUAAUGACAUAAUGAACUUAAUAAAAAAACACUUAGUUCAGUCAAUAAACAAUAAAAUGCAACAUAUUUGUGAAUCAAAACGACAAUACAAUACAUCAGUCAAUAAACAAUCAAAUGCAACACAUGUGUGAAUCAAAACGACAAUAAUAAUAAUAAAUUAUCAGUCAAUGUCCAGACUGAAUGACGCCGUAAAAUAGUUUGCAUGUUAGUUAGGUGUAGCCUUCAACACCGGAAAUUGAGUCACGAAAUCAAUGUAUGGAAAACGAUUGUUCGCAAAUAACAACCACAUGUUUGAGGGUUAGUUUGUCAUCCAAGUGAACCUCGCCGUUCGUGGUAAAGUAUACCUUUAUUGUCAAGCUGUCUAUUUAACUAUCAUUUAUCGAGUUUCUUUGCUGAUGCUUCACACAUUUCUUAGUUUUAAAUUAAAGGAAUUGUUAAUAAUGUUUGGAUCAAGAUAAACUUGGCAAUCGUUCACACGCUCAGCAAUUAUUUCUCUUGAUAACUUAGUUACACAUAUAUUGUUACAGAUUUGAGACAUCAAAGUCUGAAGAGUAAAGUCAAGACCAAUUUCAUCAGUCGAAUUUAGUACAAUAUACGACGAAGACAUCAGGGGAGCACGUAAUGGAUCGACAUCAGGAGAGCACGUCAUGGAUCGACAUCAGGGGAGACAAUCAUGGAUCGACAUCAGGGGAGCACAUCAUGGAUAAAGAACAAUACACGAAGAAGAAGACAUCAGUUAUUUCUUUUUCAAACGUAAUGGAAUUUCCUUGCACGCUGCUAUUAAUUUAUCAUUUGCAGUGUCACGCAUCAUGGAUGCAGAUUCGAUCAUGCGCAACCAUUUCAUGUCCUCUUUCCCUAGGGCAAUUUCCCUCAGUCUCACAUAAAUAGCAUGACACGAAUGUACAUUUGUAUCGACUGGUGCCCUCGGGCUCAAACUUCCAGGCAAAACUAGAAAAUUGAAGGCAUUCAGUAGUUCCACACGUUCAAACUUGAAAUUACAUCCCCUAGCCUGCAAGAUUGACAUUGCCUGAAACUCUGUGAGCAUUAAUCGCAGAUCUGCUGACAUUCCCUUCCAGCCACGGGGAGGCCAUUUGAAUUUCGGUUCCAGGAAGGUAACUGCCUCAUCCUGGUCCCACUCUCGCCGGGCUGGAGGAAACAAAGGCAUUGCGCCCAUGGCUAGCAGUUUCUUGGCUCUCAUUUGGUUUUAUGGUGUUGGGGGAAGACUUGGCACCAGAAAUUCUGAGUUCUCACUUGAAAUAAUCUCAGUUGGUCUUGAAUGAUGGCCUUUAUGGGGGUCUUAAUCGACCUUGAAACCUCAACGCAGGCUGCAGGUUGUGAUGUAAUACUCGAAAUGUGUGGCACCGAAGACACGGACGAAGACGAAGUUGCAACAGGCACGACGGAGUGGCCGGCGAGAUAAUCGUCUGCAAAGGCGGUCUCCAAAUAGUCGGCCUGAAUUAGAAGCUGUCUGGGGUAGCCCAUACUGUCUUCAAACGUAGAAGUAGCUGUGAUCUCAACUUCAUCUAAAAGUGGAGUUGAGCCACCUGACAAAUCAUCCGAUACCAAGACGAAAGAUGGGACAUGGUUGAAUUUGAUUGAAGUAAUGUGCUCAACCCCAACUCCGAUUCCUCGAGCGACUUUCUCCUUGGUGUCUCCAUCCGCAUCCACAGGACUGGUAAACUCGUCAAAGGGACUGUUUGAGAGUGGCAGCUGAGCUAGCCUUUUGGCCAAACGUAUCAGGAUUAGAGGAUGGUUAAAUAUGUCAUCAGACAAUUUUAAAGAAAAUGACUGAUUGUCAAAUUGUCCUUCAACAGUAGAAGAUCCAUGUUUAAUGGAAAUAUAAGAGACCGACAGGGUGCUGAAAGUGUUCUUUGACCCUGAAGAAAUAGUUUGCCAAAAGCUGUGGUCUGUUGAACGUGAUUGUCCAUAAACCCUAACGAAAUCAUCCUGGAAAAUUGCUAAGCAAGCCAUCUCCCUGACAUGGAAGGCCGUCUCCGGAACCUUCGUAUCUGGGUGAACCGUAAGGAUGUGGCGUUUCAUAUCAGCUGCCCGUUUAAUGGUUACAUGGCAAAAUGGACACUCCACUCCCAAGCGCUGAUGUACAGUCUCGACAUGUCUCUCAAAUUGACGUUGAGUUGCCAAUGUGGCAUGGCACAACCAACAAUUUUGGUGUUUCAUUCUGUAAAUUUACAAAAAGGUAUCAACGAAAAGUGUCCACCACCCUAAUAAAAAGGCAACACAAGUACUCAAAGGUCAAUUUCGAACAGACUCCAAUACGUCGAAUCGGGUUAUACAACCAAACAGCUUGGCCGACCGAAAAAGACCUCUUUUUCGCCUUGAUGUCAUAGUGACGCUUCUGAUAUGCUGUGUUCUUACGAAGAGACUUCCUCGCAAUUGUAUGACAGCUCACCAGGACCGUCUGUAACUGGCUACAAUAUGACUCUGGAUCACGUGCCUCAAUUGAAGAAUUUGGUGACCCGAUAAAUGCCUCUACUGGUAGGGUUACAUCACGCCCAAACACCAGUACUGCUGUGCACGGAAGCACAAUAAGCCAUGGUUAGCUGUGGAAGGUACUCAUCCCAUCUCUGUUGGUCAUCUUCACAAUAAAUGGCUAACAUGGAUUGAAGAGUUCUGUUGAAUCGUUCUGGACAACCAUUACUUUGGGGUCGAAGCGAACUUGUUGUUACUUUGUCGAUGUGAAGAAAAUCACAAAUAUCUUGAAAAAGCUGUGAAGUGAAAUUUGUCCCUUUAUCACUUAAAAUUUGUUGAGGACAACCAAACCGACAAAUGAAAUUAUUUACUAAAACAUCAGCAAUAGUUUUUGCUUCUUGGUUAGGCAGGGGAUAAGCCUCAGUCCAUUUUGUAAAAUUGUCAACUACUACUAAAAUAUAUUUGUUGCCUUUCAGUGUUGUACUUAAAGGACCUAACACGUCAAUGGAAAUUCUCUCCAUUGGUUCACCAUUGAUAUAAUUUCUCAUUGGGGCUUUAGGAGCUGUAUUAGACUUACGACAUGCACAUUUAUCGCAUUUAGUGAUAUACUUAUAAACAUCCUCUUUCAUACCUGGCCAAUAGAACGAUUGUUUAAGCCUAUGUAAGGACUUUUCUAAACCCAAGUGUCCAGCAGACGGAAUGUCAUGCGAAUACUUAAUAAUUUCAUCUCGUUUCGUUAACGGUACAAUAAGUAAAUUUUGUUCGAAGCCAGUUUCCGUGUCUAUGAAAAUACAAUACAAUAUUUGGUUAAUUACUUUAAGUCUAUCCCACAUGCGCCAAAGUGUUUUAAGAAAAGAAGUACCAUCUGAUAUUUGAUCCCAUGAAGGCCUAUCUAAUUGGUUUGUCUUAGCAUUAAGAAUAGGACUAAUAUUUGGGUCAUUUAAUUGGGCAACUAAAAGGUCAUCAGGGGUCCAGCCAUUUAUAACUAUUUGUGCGUCUUGUUGUAUUGCUCGUAUAGUUACACUGUUAUUUUGGUUUAUGAUUAAAUUAUUAUCACAAUCACUGUCAGUAUCUUCAUUAUUUAAAUUCUCUUGUCUUUUUUCUUACUCAUAUGUAUGAAAAAAGAAAAAAGAAAGUUUUUUGCUGCUAAUUUUUAUGCAAUUUUUUGCUGCUAGUUUUUAUGCAUUUUUUUUUCUGCUGGGUUUUAUGCAUUUUUGCUGCUAGUUUUUAUUCAUAUCUUUGCCUUGUGUUUACAGUUUACUGCUUCCGACUCCAAGCAUGCGUCCAUCCGCCCUGCAGCCAAAGUUCUUUGGCAGUGGCCACCCGUCAUCUCUGGCCCAGCUGGUUUCGAGGUUGGGGCAUUUGGGCCGCUGGGUCAGCGUUGUUGGGUGGCCAUAUGGCAAUCAGUGCCGGAUGGACGCUUUUUACCUGGCACAUUUUUUGGGGAAAAUAUAUAUGAUUUUGUUGGGAGUGCUGAAGGCCGUCACCCGGAGUCAGCACUCAUAUACAAUUUAUUUGUGCAGUUAGUUAUUUGCAGUUAGUUGGGCUUGCCAUGUUCGCAGGUGGCCCUUGCUGCUUGGAGUCGAGACAUUAUAUGCGAGAACCAUUUUUUAUGUUUUUAUGUUAUAAGGUCCUUUAAUAAAAAGUAAAAAUUUA